AUGUCUCCUGCAGCAGCAGCAGCAGCUGCUGCUGCUGCUGCAGGGGAUCUCCCUGUUGCAGCAGCAGCACCUGCUGCAACAGAAAAUGCAGCAGCAACAACAGCAGCAGCAGCAACAGCUCCAUGGGAGCAGCUGAAUCGUCUCAUAGGCGUUCCUGCUGCAGCACCUCACCGCUCUCCUGCCAGCAGCAGCAGCAGCAGCAAGAGCAGCAGCAGCAGCAGCAGCAGCAGCAGCAGCAGCAGCAGGAUCAACAUGCGUGUAUUUAAGUGGUUGUUUGCUGAGGAUGUGUUUAGGCAGCACCAGCAGCUGCUGCAGCAGCUACACAACCAAGAGCACCAGCAGCAGCAGCAGCAGCAGCAGCAGCAGGAUUGGGGGGCUUUAGACAGUUUGGGUUCAUUUGAGCUGCAGCUUCCGCAGCAAAGUGAUGUGUGCAUACACCCUAACAAUGAAGAUUCUGUGCUGCUUUGCUUCGCUACUGACACAUCAGAAGACGAAGCAGCAACAGCAGCAGCAGCAGCAGCAGCAGCAACAGCAGCAGCAGCAGCAGCAGAGCCACCGGAAGAGAACGGUGUGCCGUCUUCAACACCCAGAGCAGCAGCCACUACUGCUGCAGCAGCAGCAGCAGCAGCUGCUGCUGCUGCUGCUGCUGCUCCCUCUAAGUCUCGCCGCAGCACCACACAAAUAUGCGAGCGGGCUGCUCCUUAUCGAGUGAUUCGUUAUAGGCUAGUGAAGCUGGCGUUGCUGCUGCAGCAGCAACCUGCUGCUGCUGCUGGGGGUUGUGCUGCUGCGUUGGCAGAGGCCCUACAUGAAGUGGGGCUGCUGGAAGGCUCUGCUGCUGCUGCUGCUGCUGCUCCUGCUGCAGCAGCAGCAACCAAUGCCUUAUAUGGCAGCGGAGCGCAUGCAGCAGCAGCAGCAAAAGUUAUUGCUGUGCUGCUAAAGUCUGUCGCCCCACGCUCCCCCGUGCAGAGCGAUUUGCUGCUGCUGCUGCUGCUGCUGUAUGCUAGGCUGCAGGCAGCAGGAACCCAGCUGCUGCAGCUGCAGCAGCAGCAGCAGCAGCAGCGGCGGCGGUGGCGGCAGCAGAGACGCGGAAGAAGCCGCCUUAAACGCCCUGACGAGCAGCAGCAGCAGCAGCAGCAGCAGCAACAGCAGCAGCAGCAGCAGCAGCAGCAGCAGCAGCAGCAAAUGUGGGGAGCAUGCACUGAGGACUUCUACCAAAGCAGCGACAACGACACCCCGAGCGACAGCAGCAGCAGCAGCAGCAGCAGCAGCCUCAGCUACUGCAGCAGCAGCAGCAGAAGCAGCAGCAGAAGCAGCCGCGGCAGCGGCAGCAGCAGCAGAAGCAGCAGCAGAAGUAGCAGCAGCAGCAGAAGCAGCAGCAAGAAGCAGCAGCAGUGGCGCCGAGCUGCAGACAAGGCCCUCACCGCUUUAAAUGAAGCUACAUUGAAGAUGCUGCAUGCAGUUGCUGCAGCUACACCAAACGCAGUAAGCAGCAGCAGCAGCAGUAGCAAAAACAGCAGCAACAACAACAACAACAGCAGCAGCAGCAGCAGCAGCACAGUAGUGGUAAAGAUGUCGCUCUGGAGGCUGCAAGGCGACCCCCUUGUUGCUGCUGCUGCUGCUGCUGCGCGCUGCUGCAGAGCAGCAGAGGAGGCACUCGCUGAUUUGCUGCAGCAGCAGCAGCAGCAGCAGCAGCAAAGGCAGCAGCAGCAGGCACUCAACGGAUGCAGCUCAGAAGAGGAAAGCGAAACGAAUCCUGCUGCUGCUGCUGCUGCUCCUGCUGCUGCUGCUGCUGCUGAGGGUGAUGAUUUGGCUGCUAAACUCGCAGCAGCACUGCCCAGGCGCCUCAAUAGCAGCAGCAGCAGCAACAACAACAACAGCAGCAGCAACAACAACAACAGCAGCAGCAACAACAGAAGGAGCAGCAAGAGCAGCAAAAACAGCGAAAGCAUCAACAACAGCAGCAACAGCAGCAGCCCCACCACCAGCAACCGCAGCAGCAGCAGCAGCAGCAGCAGCACCAUCACCAGCAUUCCCAUCACCAGCCCCAGCAGCAGCAGCAGCAACAGCAACAGCAGCAGCAGCAGCAGCACCAUCACCAGCAUUCCCAUCACCAGCCCCAGCAGCAAGAAGAUGUGCUGUGUGUAUGUGUUGCUGCAGUUGUCUGAGGGUUUAGGUUUGCUGCACUCUUUCUGCCGUCUGUUUGCAAGCCAUCCAACAUUUGCUGAACUCCGCAACCUACUCCUCCAGCAAAAGCUGUUGCAGCUGAAGCAGCAACAGCAACAGCGGAGGCUUGAAGAGAAACGGCGGCAGCAGCGGCAGAGAGGCAAGACGAAGCAGCAGCAGCAGAAGCAGCAGCAGCAGCAGCAGCAGCAACAGGGCCCGCUGCAGGCGUACUUAGAACAAGAAGAAGAAGCAGAAAUCAGCAGGGCGCAGCAUUUGCUUUUUUUGUCUGUUCGGGAGGUGAUUGCUUUGAAUCAGGGUUCGUUUGCCUGUCAGCAGUUUUGCGAAUUUUCUUUUACUCUUCUCUCCCAACCUCAAAAGGCGUCAGUCCUCUUACAACUCGCAGUGCUUAAGCCAGACGAUCUGCGCCUGUGGCUGUCUCUGCUAUCUUUGCUUUUUUUGUCUCCUUUCUCUGUCUCUUCAUCCUUCUUUGCAUUGUCUUCGCCGGCUGAUCUUCAGGCUUUUCAACAAACCUUUGCUAUUCCAGAACGCGUUUGUUUAUCUGCACUGUCUCCGCGUUGUUUGAUUGCAGUUUGGCUUGCUGCACUCUGCAGCAGAAGCAGCGAGAAAGUCGCGCUGCUGCAGCAGAGACAGCUGAAGCAAGGAAGAAUUACAAAGAGAGAAUAUGUAAGAAGCACUGCAGCAAACCCCACAGCUGCAGCUGCAGCAGCAGCAGCAGCCAGUGAUGCUGCAGCAGCUGCAGCAGCAGCAUGGACGUGUCCCUACCAUCGCCCGCGACCUCAAAAAUCUGUAGCAGCAAAUUCUCCUUCUUCAGAUUCAAGAGCAGCAGCAGAAGCAGCAGAAGCAGCAGCAGAAGAAGAAGCAGCAGCAGCAGCAGCAGCAGCAGUAGCAGCAGAAGAAGAAGCAGCAGCAGCAGAAGCAGCAGCAAAAGGCGUCAGGCCUUGGAUACCAACCCCCUCUCCUCUUCCUUUAAACAAGGCAGCAGAACGAGGAGGUGCGCACUGCUCUAAGAAGCAGCAGCAAAAGCAGCAGCAAAAGCAGCAGCAGCAGCAGCAGCAGCAGGAAGGGCAGCAGAUAGUGCUGCUGUGCCGCCGCAUAGUGUUUGCUGCUGCUGUUUAUUUUUGGCUGUUCUUCAGAGAAAAUUUAUUUGCUGCUGUUGACUUGUGGAGUGUUGCUGAUUUGCUUUCGCUCUCUUUUAUCUAA